CACAGUGAGUUUGAAGAGGAUGAAGUUAAUGAUGAUCUGGAGAUGGAGUUCUAAAAAAGCUUCGAAAUUUGUUCAGCCUCGCUUCCUGGAGACAGGUACGCUGAGAAAUGCUUCACUCCUCCAUUGCCCGAAUGAGGUAUAUUCUUGCUGCGGACGAGACUAUUCUGGUUUCAGCGAUAGGAAUCUGUCUUACAGAGAGAGAUUGAGAAGUGGGCUUGCUGAUAUCAAGGCAGAGGAUGCUGUUGAUCUCUUUCAAGACAUGAUUAGGUCUCGUCCUCUUCCCACUGUCACUGAUUUCAAUAGAUUGUCUAGUGCCGUUGCCAGAACAAAGCAGUAUGAUCUCGUUCUAGCUCUCUCCAAGCAGAUGGAGCUGAUUGGGAUUGCGUAUGACUUGUACUCUCUCAAUAUUGUCAUCAAUUGUUUCUGUCGGCGUGGUAGAGUUUGUUUCGCUUAUUCUGUUUUGGGGAAGAUCCUGAAACUUGGGUAUGAGCCUAGCACUAUCACGUUUAACACUCUACUUAAUGGGUUAUGUCUCGAGGGCCGAGUCUCCCAAGCCGUGGGAUUAGUUGAUCGAAUGGUAGAAAUGAGACAGACACCCGAUCUCAUUACCAUUAACACUCUGGUUAAUGGACUUUGUCUCAAAGGUAAAGUGUCUGAAACUGUGGUUUUGAUAGAUCGAAUGAUUGAAAAUGGCUGUCAACCCAAUGAAGUUACCUUUGGACCGGUUUUAAAUGUAAUGUGCAAGUCCGGCAAAACUGCCUUGGCCAUGGAGUUGCUCAGAAAGAUGGAAGAAAGAAAGAUCAAGCUCGAUGUAGUCCAUUACAGUAUCAUCAUCGAUGGUCUUUGCAAAGACGAAAACCUCGACGAUGCACUCAACCUUUUCAACGAAAUGGAAGUGAAAGGUUUUAAAGCAGAUGUUAUUACCUACACCACUCUCAUUAGAGGCUUUUGUAAUGAUGGCAGAUGGGAUGAUGGUGCGCAGUUGCUCAGGGAUAUGAUCACAAGGAGAAUCACCCCCAACGUUGUCACAUUCAGUGUUUUGAUUGAUAGUUUUGUGAAAGAGGGAAAGCUUCUAGAGGCCGAAGAACUGCACGAGGAGAUGAUUCGACGAGGUAUAUCUCCUACUACUGUUACAUAUAGUUCUUUGAUAGAUGGGUUUUGCAAGGAGAACCGCCUAGACAAGGCAAACCAGAUGCUGGACCUGAUGGUUAGCAAAGGUUGUGAUCCUAAUAUCGUGACUUAUAGUAGUCUCAUAAAUGGAUAUUGUAAGGCUGAGCGGGUCGAUGAUGGUUUUGAAUUGUUCCGCAAAAUGUCCCUGAGAGGAGUGGUUGCUAAUACAGUUACUUAUAGCACUCUAAUCCAUGGGUUUUGUCAAUCGGGAAAACUUGAGGUUGCUAAAGAACUCUUCCAAGCGAUGGUUUCUCGUCGUGUUCCUCCUGAUAUCGUGACUUANUUGACGGUUGAAUUGCAUUUUAUUCAAGGAUCUUCAGUCUGUUCCGGAAUCAGUCUAUUAGAAGUUUCAGAUUUGACCAGUUUCUGUGGAGACAUCAAAUGA